UGAUCAUUUAGAGAUUGCAGGGCUCCAGACAGUACUUUUGUAUUCAGUGGCAAAGGAGAAGUUACAUUUUUAUCAACACAAUGAUCCUGCAGUUUAUAUAUGAAAACUUUGAUUUUAAAAGCUGGAUCCUUUUAGGAUUUGGUUUACUGCUUCUUGUAGAUUUGAUUAAGUACUGGAAUCCUUCCAGUUUCCCACCGGGACCACGACCUCUACCAUUUUUAGGAAAUGUCUUUACUGAAAUUCAGGAUUUCAGAAACAUAAAUAAGUUGGCUCAAGUCUAUGGGACAAUAUUCAGCUUAAGACUAGGCAGUGAGAAAUUGAUAAUUGUUUCUGGAUAUAAAAUGGCAAAGGAGGCCCUCGUUACUCAGAAUGACAGUUUCAUUGAUCGUCCAAAUGUUCCUCUGUUUCACAAAGUAUUUAAGGGACUUGGUACGAUACUAAGUAAUGGAUACCUUUGGCGGAUGCAUAGGAAGUUUGCAGUCUCUCAUUUGCGAAACUUUGGAGUGGGGAAUGAAAGUCUUGAGGUCAAGAUCCAACAGGAGUGCAUCUUCCUUUGUGAUGCUUUUAAGGCAGAAAAGGGACCUGUCGACCCCAUGGUCACCUUAAACAGUGCAAUCUCGAAUAUCAUUUCCAGCUUGAUAUUUGGACAACGCUUUGACUAUCAUGAUGAAUAUUACCAAAGAAUUCUGCGUCUCGACACUGAAUGCAUUCAGUUAGCAGGUUCUCCUAGGGCACAGCUGUAUAAUGCAUGUCCUUGGCUCUUUGAAUAUUUACCCGGCCCUCACCAGACAAUUUUUUCCAACUAUAAGAAGAUCAAAGACUUCCUGAGAGGGGAGAUUAUUAAGCACAGAGAGGACUGGGACCCUGCAAACCCACGUGACUUUAUAGACAACUACCUGACUGAGAUGGAAAGGAAAAAGAGUGACCCUGAAGCUGGUUUUAACAUAGAGGGGUUAGUGGUUACUUGUCUGGACCUGAUUGAAGCCGGGACAGAGACUGCAACUACAACCUUACGCUGGGGUCUGCUUUUUAUGAUCAAGUUUCCAGAAAUACAAGAAAAGGUCCAGGCAGAGAUAGACAGGGUGAUUGGACAGUCACGUCAACCCUGCUUGAAUGACAGAGUUAAUAUGCCCUAUACUGAAGCUGUGAUUCAUGAGAUUCAAAGAUUUGGGGAUGUUGUUCCACUGGGAUUCCCUAAACGGGCUGUUAAAGACACACAACUAGGGAAAUAUUUCAUUCCUAAGGGCACAGCUAUUACAGUAAACCUGUCUUCGGUCCUGCAUGAUCCAAAUGAAUGGGAAACCCCAGACACCUUCAACCCAGGACAUUUCCUGGAUGAAAUUGGCCAGUUCCGGAAAAGAGAUGCCUUCAUGCCUUUCUCUGCAGGCAAGAGAGCGUGUUUGGGUGAAAAUCUGGCUCGUCAGGAGCUUUUCUUAUAUUUCACCUCUCUGCUGCAGCAGUUCAAAAUCUCCAAAUGUCCAGGAGAAGAACCCAGUUUGGAAGGCGAGAUUUGGUUCACGUAUGCUCCUGCUCCCUUUCACAUUUGUGUGUCCUCUCGUUAGUGUGUAUACAGACAUUUUUAAUUAGCUCAGUCUUAUUUUUCUUUUGUGAUAAUUUAGUAUAUCUGCUAUAAAGUGUUGAUGGACCAGGAUGUCCAAAGUGUUUAAGAUUUUUUUUUUUUUACCCUGAUUAUUUCCUAAGCAUGGCCUGCAGUUAUACAAGUCUGAGACUUGUAUAACAUAAUAAAGAGUUUAAUAAUGUAAUCAGGUUUCAAAUAUAAAGAAUAGCUACCUAUAGAAUAGCUACUAUAUUACAAUUGAAAAUCAUUGUAAAAAUGCUUGAAGAUGUAUAAUAAAGCAAGGAUUAUUGACGUUA